AUGACCCACCUGCCGAAUCCAUCUCUGCAAGUUACGGCUGACCAUCAGCUCAAGCAAGUCGAGGCACCAAUUCUAUCACCAGGACCUGGCGAGGUUCUUGUGCAUGUGAAGUGCACUGGUGUAUGUGGCUCCGAUGUACACUUCUGGAAGACCGGCGCUAUCGGAACCCUCGUCGUUGAGGGCGACUGCAUCCUAGGCCACGAAGCAGCCGGCAUCGUGCUCUCGACCGGCCCAGACGUGACGACCCUGAAGCCCGGCGACCGCGUCGCCAUCGAGCCCGGCGUCCCCUGUAACAAGUGCUUCCUCUGCAGCGAGGGACGCUACAACCUCUGCGAAAGUGUCUGCUUUGCUGGUGUCUAUCCCUACCACGGCACCCUGCAGCGCUACAAGGUCCACCCGGCCCGGUGGCUGCACAAACUGCCCGACGGCCUCUCGUACGCCGAGGGCGCCCUGCUAGAGCCCCUGUCCGUCGUGCUGCACGGGAUCCGUCUCGCUGGCUUGAGCCUCGGCAGGGGAGCCGUGGUGUGCGGUGCAGGCCCCAUUGGUCUGAUUGCGUUGGCGGCGGCCAGAGCGUCGGGUGCACACCCCAUAGUCAUCACAGACGUGGAGCCCAGGCGGCUCGAGUUUGCGCGAGAGUUCGUCCCGUCGUGCCAGACGUACCGCGUUGAUCCUGCACAGACGCCCGAGGACAAUGCGAGGGGUAUCCGGGCCCUGUUUGGCUUGAAGGGUGGUGUGGUGCCAGACCCAGACGAGUACUCGGCACCGCCCGUGGUUCUGGAGUGCACGGGUGUCGAAAGCAGCGUGUGCACGGCGGCCUACACGGCAAGACGGGGCGGCGUCGUCAUGGUGAUUGGUGUAGGCAAGUCGAUCAUGAACAAUCUGCCCUUUAUGCAUCUGAGCCUGGCCGAGAUCGACCUGCGCUUCAUCAAUCGGUAUCGAGACACGUGGCCGGCGGGGAUUGCAUGUCUGGAAAGCGGUAUCCUCCCGGACCUGAAGAAGCUGGUUACUCAUGUGUUUCCUUUGGAAGAAGCAAUCGAGGGGCUUACCCUCGCCAGUGAUCCAAGAAACGGGAGUAUCAAGGUCCAAAUUGUGGACGAGGUGGAUAUCAGUCCGUGA